AUGUUCGUGUUUCUUUUUCAGCUGACUUUCGCGGUGACGGCCAUGGGCGAAGUUCUAAAUCCAUUAACGACUAUAGGAUUUCCACGACAAGAACCUCCUUUCUACAUUAAUGACAACGCGUCUGACUACCAGAAUAUGACGGAUCUCAUCGAGACCGGAGAGAAGCAAUACAUUUAUUACAGGUCUUACGACAGAGAUCCCCUUUUUGGAAAUGCAGGGAAGUGCCCCUAUUUAAUGCGCAGACCAAGAAAACAACCACCUAGACCUUUAAAGCUUAUUAUGGGAUACCAAAGGCUUAAUUCAUCCCUAGUUAGAUUCAAAAGACCUGCCGAGUACCAAAUGUCCGAAAACUACACAGUGGCAAAUAUGCUUUGGAUUAAAGAAGGAAACCAUCACAAUACAACUAGGCGCUACACGUUGGCCUUUACCAACAAUUCGACGUGCUCUGUUGUCAGGUCUGAUCUGGGUAACGGUUGUGAGGUAUGGGUACCAGAAUCGGCCCUUACCCAAGGGCCCAGCUCCUGCUGCAACUUUCUCUACCAGCUUCUUUGCGGAAAAGAAAAGUAUCAAACGUAUGAGUCCCCCUGCCUCACGGAAGAAACAUCGAAGCCGUCACCGCCCGAGAGAGAAUCUGAUGAAGAUUCCGAUGAAGUUGACAAAAAUGCACAAGGAAAUUGA